UUUAAUGUUGAUAAGCGAUAAAAAAACGCUCUCUCUCUAAAAUACGGCGAUGCAAAAGGCGAUUAGACGACACUAGGGUUUUCAAUGAUUUGGCGGUGGUGGGAUCCUGGAAUUGUGAUAUUGGAAGGCGGGGUUCGGUCCGGCGGUAAUGGCUACGAUCAGCAAGAUAUGAUCCGGAGAAUCAAACCCAACAUUAAAGGGUUUGAUUGGGUAUCGGAGAGAAGGAAAGAGAGAGGAUUUGGUGAUGUGGGGAGAAUAUUGAGGCGAAUCUUCAUCUUGAUCAUCAUCAAGGCAAGAUCGAAGAUGGAAAGAGAUGCAUAUCACGGGUUAAAGAUGGAAUGUGUAUCACGGAGAUUUGUGAUACGAGACGCUCUUGGUGUGUGGGACUAACAACUGGUUUUUGGGAACGAUUGUAUACGGGUUGGUGGCGGGGCUCUUUAACCCUGUUAUGCCUUCACCGUAAUGCAUAUGAUGAGAGGCACAAAUAUAAUUGGUUCUUUUUUAUAAACUAUAGAGAGAGGUGGAUUUGGGUGUUGUCUGGUGGCUGUACGUACCUUAUUAUAGAUACUGAGCUGUAUAUUAUUAUUAUGAGAAUGUGUAUCACGUGUGGGUACUUGGAUA